CGGGUUAAUUUCCGUCUUCUACGAGCGUAAUGGCGACUCACAUGUCGAGAUGUCGUACCUGGAGUCGGGUUCAGAGGUUUGGGAUUGCAGCUUACAGAAAAUACAGCAGUGGUGGUGGAUACCCUAAUAUCUCUCUCUCUGCGCCACUCCCCGGCAUCCCCAAAGCAGUGUUUGCCUCUGUGGAUGGCCAGGAAAAAUACGAGACCAAAAUUACAACUUUAGAAAACGGCCUCAAAGUCGCCUCUCAAAAUAAAUUUGGUCAAUUCUGCACAGUUGGAAUUUUAAUAAAUUCUGGAUCUAGACAUGAAGCAAAGUACCCAAGUGGAAUAGCACACUUUUUAGAGAAACUCGCCUUUUCCUCUACAGCACAGUACGGGAGUAAAGAUGAAAUCCUUCUCACAUUGGAAAAACACGGGGGCAUUUGUGACUGUCAAACAUCAAGAGACACCACCAUGUAUGCGGUGUCUGCAGAAGUGAAAGGUCUGGACACCGUGAUUGGUCUUCUCUCUGACACUGUCCUUCAGCCUCGCUUGUUGGAUGAAGAGAUCGAGAUGACCAGAAUGGCUGUGCGCUUUGAGUUGGAAGACCUAAACAUGAGGCCAGAUCCGGAGCCGUUACUCACAGAGAUGAUCCACUCGGCAGCGUAUCGAGGAAACACAGUCGGACUGCCUCGCUUUUGUCCUGCAGAAAAUGUGGACAAGAUCGACAAGGAUGUGCUCCACAGCUACCUGCAAAACUACUACCGUCCCGAGCGCAUGGUGCUGGCGGGCGUGGGCAUCGAGCACGAGCAGCUGGUGGAAUGUGCCCAGAAGUAUCUGCUGGGAGUGAAGCCGGUGUGGGGAACGAGUUCCGCUGCUAACGUGGACCUUUCCGUGGCUCAGUACACUGGUGGCAUGGUGAAGAUGGAGAAGGACAUGUCCAACGUGAGCCUCGGCCCCACACCGAUCCCUGAACUCACUCACAUCAUGAUCGGCUUAGAAAGCUGCUCCUUCCUGAAAGACGACUUCAUUCGUUUUGCAGUUCUGAACAUGAUGAUGGGGGGCGGAGGCUCCUUCUCUGCAGGAGGACCAGGGAAGGGCAUGUUCACCCGCCUGUACCUGAAUGUCCUCAACAGGCAUCACUGGAUGUACAACGCUACCUCCUACCAUCACAACUACGAGGACAGCGGCCUGCUGUGUAUCCACGCCAGUGCUGACCCCAGACAGGUUCGUGAGAUGGUGGAAAUUAUAACCAGAGAGUUCAUUCAGAUGGGUGCAAGUACAGGAGAGAUGGAGCUGGAGAGAGCCAAGACUCAGCUAAAGUCCAUGCUGAUGAUGAAUCUGGAGUCGCGGCCUGUUAUCUUUGAGGACGUUGGACGACAAGUUCUCUCUAAUGGAAGGCGAAAGCUGCCACAGGAGCUGUGUGAUCUCAUUAGCAGCGUGACAGCCGGUGACAUUAAAAAAAUAACCACCAAGAUGCUGCGCAGUAAACCUGCAGUGGCAGCGUUGGGAGACCUGACGGAGCUGCCUUCGUACGAACACAUUCAGGCCGCGCUGUCGAGCAAAGAUGGACGUCUGCCCCGUAUUUACCGUCUUUUCCGAUAGAUGUCAGCCAACCCCUGUAAAUAAACCAGACUGGGUGCUUACACUAAUGUCCCCUUCCCAACAAAGAACUCGGCACGCUCAUUCUGGGAGGGGACUAAAACCUGGUCUCUCUUGACUUGAGGAUGAGAUUUUAAAGAAACUUAUCUUAAUCUGGAUAGAGAUGGAAAUCUUCUAUUUAUUGUCUAUAGGCAAAAAAAAAAAAAAAAACCAUUAAUUGCCGGCUUGGUUUGUCUCUAAAAGGACUGUUGGCCCCAAAAGACUAAAUCUUCACAUUUCCCUUUAAACCUUCCAAAACUAUCCUGCAGUAUGUUUAUGAGUAAUGAGAGCUGUUUCACUUUUUAUUGUAGCUUCAACUAUAAAGAAAAAGCUUUUUCCCAACGUGAGUCAAGUAAAACUUAAAAAAAAAAAGGCUGAAGUAUUCAUACAAGAACAUUUUAUAAACCUUUAAAUAAAUAAGGUUGUGAUGCA